UAGACGGUAUGAGUAUGAGUAUGAGUGAAGGGUAGGGACGUAAAGGGAGAGCAAGUUGUGUGUGUGACGACGACCAACAGUAGAGACAGUUUGGAAGAGUAACAGCAACACAGACCGAGACCGAGAGCCAACAGCAACAGCCAAGAGCAAGAGCGUCCACUGCCAUCCGAACCAAGUACAAGGAAACAUCUAGCUAGUUGAUAUAUUUUAUCGUUGCAACUAAUCUGCGGACUAAGAAGAGUAUCAAAAUAAAAGAUGGCACGUACAAAGCAGACAGCUCGUAAAUCAACCGGAGGAAAAGCUCCGCGAAAACAAUUGGCUACAAAAGCCGCGCGUAAGAGCGCACCUUCAACCGGUGGAGUCAAGAAACCCCAUCGUUACCGCCCAGGUACGGUCGCUCUUCGUGAAAUCAGAAGAUACCAGAAGUCAACGGAGUUGUUGAUCAGAAAAUUGCCCUUCCAGCGAUUGGUUCGUGAAAUCGCUCAGGAUUUCAAGACCGAUUUGCGUUUCCAGAGCGCGGCCAUCGGCGCUCUUCAGGAAGCUUCUGAAGCCUACUUGGUCGGUCUCUUUGAAGACACAAACUUGUGCGCAAUUCACGCCAAGCGUGUAACAAUUAUGCCGAAAGACAUCCAAUUGGCCCGACGAAUCCGUGGUGAACGUGCUUAAAUAAUCACUUAUCUAUUUAAAAAAAUUAAAUACCCAAUCAUCAAAAUUACCGUUUACUAUAAUUAUUAUUAUCAUUACUAUUAUUCGUAAUAACGGAUGACACAUUUUAUUCAUUCCUAUUCAUCGUAAGGUAACUGCAUCUGUUUGUAGCAUCAGACUAACCAUACACAUUAUAUAUAUUAAAUAUAUAUUAUAUAUCAUUCAUUACACUUUUAAGAUAAACUAUAAAUUAAUUGAUUGCAAUCGUUUGCGAGCUUAAAAAUAAAUAAAAUCAUCAAUUAACAUGACAUUCAAUAGUAAUAAUUUAAAAUUUUAAUUAAAUUGUCGCAAGCGAUUUCCGGAUUCGUCGAUAAUUCAAAAAUCCACUUACCAUUUAAUCAUUAUCAUUAAUCAUUAAUGUAAUAAUUAAAGAUAAUUUUGCACAUGAUAGUGAUGUGCACUAGAGUAUAAUAUGUUUAGAGUGAUCCAGUUACUUUGAGAAAGAUUGUAAGGUUGUAUUUUUUUUUAUUUUACUUAUUUUUUGUUUUUGUAUCGAAAUUAUAAUUAAUUGAGUACUGGAUCACAUACAAGUAUUCAUUAAAUGUGUGAAAAAAUUUCAUAAAUAAAUUUGCUAAUAUCUAA